GUUUGACAGGUCAGCUUCGUGCCUCUUUGUAGAUUUCCAAGUAGCGUUAAAUUUUAUUUUGUUUAAACUUUUCAUUUAUGCAUCAAAAGUAACAUGUAUUUCUCAGUAGAAUUAGAGUAUAUUAUAUUUUAGUCAAUACCUAGUGCACUAACAGUGUUACAUAAACAGUAGAGUGGUAAUAGUGUCGGCAAUUCAUGCAUAUAGGAUAUAACAACACGAAUCACGAUACGUCAGUGAAUGAAUGUUGGCUGUAAGAUAAUGGAUGUGGAUACACCUAACAUAUUGAAACGGUGUAGCAGUGCGCCUCUAAUCAAUGAGACUGCAUCGACAGCAGCUACAUCGCCAACGACGACAACUGCGCCCAGAAGCACCUCCUUCUUCGGCAUGUUCUCCAACAACAGUUUGCCGCGGACGCGAAGUAAUAGCAUCAGCUGUAGUCCCCUCUCAGCCGCUAUAAAUAUACCUGUGCUGCAAGGCGCGUGCGGGCGGCGGCUGACCCCGCGCGUGAACCAGCUGCGCGCGGAGGAGUGCGCCGACGUGAGCAACACGCGCGAGCUGGCGCACGAGCGCGAGGUGCACAGCGCGAUGGCGAUGGGCCAGUCGUGCGAGGACCUCACGCUGGUCGCGGGCCUCGCCAACUCGCCCACCAGGGUGCCUAGGUUCACCACAGUAGUAUCCCCAUCCCCCCCGCGCAAGUACACAACGCGGCGGAGUCUCUCGCCCAACCCGCUCCGGGCGUCCAGCUUCAGUCCCAUCAGCCGGCCCAACGUGCUUGUCGGCAAGCGGCGCUGCGACGACGCGGAGAUGUCUCUCUCGAAACGCAUGUGCACCGACAGACGGACCCCCACGACCCCCGGGACCCCGGACUCGGACUCGCUGGACUGUACAUUCAGACCGGUCUCGCCCCGGCCUCAGCCGAUGAACGAGUCCGACUCGCCCGACACCCAAAACCACAAGGGUAACCCCAGCUAAUACACGUGCGGGGAGAUACUGGUGUUGCCCUCUUCUUCGGCCGGCCAGGUGCGGUACGUUUACACGUUUGUGUCCGAUUUUGCAUCUCAUUGGUCCAGUGAACUGUUCUGACUGCUCAUUGAUGCGUACGCUAACAGUCAGGCUUAAGAGAUGAGUCGGUUGUCAUGUAUGUAUUUAUCAUCCAAUUUGUUGGGCUCGAUUUUGAUGAUUUGAAGUGACUUGUUCCACUUUUUGUCAGAUUUUCGAAUGUAGAAACACGUUUUUUUUAGUAAUUAAAAAAUAAAACGUUGUUUCGUAAAUUACCAAUUUUUUAAGUCCCAUUAUUAUAAAAUAAUUUGCCCCCUUCUUAACAAAUUGACACUGGCUUCAAGCUUAGACAACAAGCAGAUUGGAUGAUAAAACGGAUUGUGUAUCCGAUUCUAGCUCACAUAUACUUAAGACACCAGCGAGAUGCGUGAAAUUGUGAUAGACUCCUAGACAACAACCCCUAUUUUGAACGUUUAGUUCCUAAUAAAGUUGUAGCAAAUGGACACGAGUGCCCUUUUAUAGCCAAAGCAUCAAACUUUAAUGUACAUAUAUAUAUUAAGUGUGCUGUAUAUAGCUGUAGUACUAAGGAAUAUAGCCAUUAUAUUAAUAAUAUUAGUUAGGGAGUCGUAACACUCCAUUCAUCCCGCCUUUUCAUUUUAUUUUAGGAAAUUUUUGGCGUGUUUUUACCUUAAGUCUAAUGGAUUAGUUGUAUUUAUUUUUCGUUUAUUGCGCAAUUAUUGUUGGCAGCUAUUUUCAAUAUAACUAUUCCCACAUCUUUAGUGGAAUCUAAUAAGCUUUGUUUCCGUAAUUGUCCUUAAAAUAUAGUAUUUCUGAUUGCAAUUUUUGGUAAUUUUUUAAUAAUUACAAUAUAAUCUUAAUACUUGAGGUAACAUUUAAGAGCGCCAAUGUAAUGUUAAUAUUUGUAAUCAAUUCUGUUAGUAAAAUAAUUAUUUUGUUUGGUUUGUUUCGUUGUGUUCAUUAUUCACUUGGAAUAAAUAUUGUUUUGAUUGUACCAUAUUGGUAAAUUCUAUUGAAUGUUGAUAUAAGGAAAUUGAUAAUAAAAAAAUUAAAUGUAUUUUUUAUGUAUUGUAAAAAUUUACAAAUUUCUCCAAUGUGUUGUGUUUUUUUAAGUAUAGCAACAUUCAAUAGAAAAUAUAUUAUUGUGAUAGAUAUUGUAUUUGAAUUAUUUUUGUAUGAUAUGCCAACAUCUCGUACAAAGUUUGUACAGAGACAUUACCUCAUAACCUCAAAUAGAAGUAUGAGCUGUUAUAAUGUGCAUUUGUUUUAAUCUGUAUAUUUUAGCAAUAAGGUAUAAAUUGAUUUAACAUUGAGAAGUCAUUCUUUAGAUUCAUAAAACAUUUCCGAUAAACUUUCAUUUACAUUUAUUACCCUUAAUUAUUUAGGUCAUAACCUAGAACCAUUGAAGCAUUAACUGGCUAUUAAACUCAUUUAUUGAAGUCUGGAUAAUCAUAGUAAGAAAUGAUGUUGAUGUAGAAUUUAAUACUGUAAACUCUGGGAAAGUAUUAAGUAUACGGGACUGUAGUCCUGACCUGCUUCUUCAUUUUACAUUUUAAGUAGUGAACUAAGUUACUUUGAUGCAAUAUUGAUUUAUUUUUUUAACCAAAUUGAACAAUUGUAUAACUGGUUAUAGGCCAUCACAUAAAAUUCUUAAACUAUUAAACGCAUGUGAAUCUUAGGUCAUGAUUUGAUAUCCGAGUUAUUUGUAGUCUUAAAAAAGUAGGAACUUACUCUAUAGAAUCAUUCAUCUAAAUAAGCAAAAUUUA